AUGUGGCUGGCAUAUCAGUCAAUUGGUGCUAUUUACGGAGACAUUGGAACCAGCCCUCUGUACGUUUUCUCAGCAGUGUUCACGUCUCCACCGGAGGCGUACGAUUUACUUGGAGCUCUUUCGCUCAUCAUUUGGGCGCUGAUUCUCAUUGCUACGGUGAAGUAUGUGGGAAUUGUGCUCUGUGCCAAUAAUCAUGGCGAAGGCGGUUCAUUUGCGUUACUUUCUUUGAUUAGACGCCAUGUUCACUUGGAUUGGCGAGAUAUACUAUCCGAAGAGAGUGAAGAGCAAACUUACAAGGAAAAGAAGCUAAGAAGCUUCAAUUAUUCGGCCAGGAAUGCCCUGAGGCAGAGCCCUAUGGCCAAGCGGCUGGUAACGGUUUUAGCUGUGCUUGGAGUUUGCAUGGUCAUGUCUGAUGGAGUGAUUACUCCUGCGCAAUCGAUUCUGGGCGCAGUUCAAGGUAUCAAAAUUUCACGUUUUGCCAAUCUUGAAUUUUCCUAA